UGGCAAACAGCUGAUUUGCGUAUAACAACAAACAAGGCCUUAAAAUUUAUAAAAACUUUUAUCUUUGCCACUGGCACAGCGCAUUCGACUUCAAAAUCCCCACCAAGUGCGAUAAACCCACACCGACAGACUGUACCCGCUCGCCAACUAUACAACUUCAGUGAUUUGAAGCCUCAACAUAACAUAAAUCUUUACAUCAAGUGACUCUGCUCUGUGACCUGUUGGAGGCUAAAGAACGCGCCUAGUUCAGUGGCCUGUUUUGAUUAGUAAUAACAACUAAGCCAAUUGUGACUAAAUCAAGGCAAACGUCACCCACUCACUGUCUGCCAUGCGAGUCGAUUGAUUGCUCUCUCCACGAAGAUGCGCGGAAUUGAGGGCAAAGUUGUGGUGCUCGGAUCGAGAGGCGUGGGCAAGACGCGUUUGGUCAUCCGAUACAUCAAGAAUACGCUGCAUCGCAGCGAGAGCGAGGUGCCAACCAUAGCCGUCUCCUUUUUCACGUGCAACAUCAUCUUGGACGAGGUCAAAAUCAAAUUGCAAAUCUGGGAUACCGCCGGGCAGGAGCGUUACCGGGCCGUCGCACCCAUGUACUAUCGGAAUGCGAAUGCCGCCAUUCUGGUGUUCGAUUUGACGCAGUAUAAGACGUUUACGGAAAUCAAGUCCUGGAUACAGGAGCUGCAUCGCAAUGUUCAGGAUCCGAUGAUACUGACGCUGGUGGGCAACAAGAUGGACAUGCAGGCACAGCGUGCCGUGUCCCGUGAUGAGGCCUUCCUGUUUGCCACCUCCAUUGGGGCCAACUACUUUGAGACCUCCACCGAAACGGACCAGGGCCUGGAGCAGGUCUUCCUCUCAACGGCCCUGGGCAUGGUUCGUCUCGCCGACGAGGGCAAGAGCCACUCGCUGCGCUCCUUUGAGUCCACCGAUUCCCUGGCCUACACCAACACCAACACUGCCUUCAGUCACACGGUGGCCGCCUUGGCGCGAAGUCCGGGCAAUGCUUCCUUCCGACUGCCCUACGUGGAUAUCGGCCUGGCAGUCGAGGGGGAGGAUGUGAAGACGAAUGGUGUCGGUCGCCUGGAGACGCCGCCCUGGAGCAUCGAGCACAUAGCACUCGGCGAGGUGGAGAGGCCCAGUUGGUGCUGCUAUUAAGCGGCCCACCCCCGACCGGGGCGACUGUUAUCAAAGAACCAACAAUGUGAUGUUAACAAAAUCAGAAUUACUUUAGUUCGAAUAUGUCUACGAAUGGCCAUCGCUAACCCAACUCAAUAACAGCAAAUUAAAUCCCCAAAAUGGCUUGAAGCUAUACUUUUUAAGCCCACUGUUUAGGCUAGAAAGAGAGAGAGAGAGAGAGAGCGCGCAGCUGCUCGAUGCAUUGACAAGGCGCCUGGAAUAUCCGCUUCAACUUAGUCUUAAUGCUUAGUCUAUGCAUAUUAUUUAUAGCUCAACGAGUAAAUAAGAUCAUUUGACCUUGCAAACCAAAAACACAACACAAAAGGGAACACACACAAACCAACAAACACCAACUAAUUCAUGUACAAAGAAAUUUUAAUACAGAAAGAAAGAAAAGGAGAAGAAGCAACACAUAAACACCGAUGCGUAUACCAUAUAUACA